AGUUCUGCCAGCCAUGGUAUUCGACAACUUGAACUCACUGGAGAAUCUAAACCUGCAGAACAACAAACUGAAACAUAUUCCGGAAGAUGUGAUGGAGCCAGUGGUUGAUACUUUGCGAAUUGUCGACGUCAUGGAUAACCCGUUAGUCUGCGACUGCCAGCUGCGCUGGUACGGAGACUGGCUUCGCAACCUGAAAGGCAAAGAUGACGAUUUCAUGCAGAAGAAACGCCUACUUUGCACCAUGGUUCAUGAACACCGCGAGUACAUGGUGCAAAAAUUGCCACUCGACAAGAUGAACUGCAUCGGCAAGAACCUCAUUGGACGAGCGUCAUCCUCGUCCUCUGACAACGCUGACGUCACGUUUCAUGGUUGGCAAUACUUCGUGACGUCAUCACUUCUGCUAGCUACCAAUCAUCUGUAUGUCCAGUUCUGUUACUGAUACUAAAAUUGCUAUGAUUUUGUACCCUAAAUAGUUGGCAAGAAAAUGAAGGCGUUCAAUCGGUAUAAGCAAGAAGUAUUAAUUGGAAAAUACAAAGAAAAUUAGCCAAGAAAAUUAUGCCCCGGUUUUUCUUAAUAGUCUACUCCUACAGUCUGGUUUAAUAUUAACUACUGAUGUAGAAUACAAAUACUAAUUGCUGAAUCUCUAUGAUUUUCUUAUCUGUAAUCAAAGGAAUUGGUUGGCAUGUGAGCGGAAUUUUUUCAAAUGGAAAAAUGUAUGCAUAAUUUUUGUUACCAAAAAAAUGUUCCCAUUGAAAUCUAUGCCUGGAAUCUAUUGAGCAUUUUUUCAAUAGGGUUGUGCAUGUGUGAGAGAAUUCCAAACUGGAUAGAAAAAUAAUGUAGAAGGCUAUUCCUUAUUUUAAAUCUAUCAAGGAUUCUAUAAAACCGAUUGGCAUGGUGUGUAAAGUUUUAUAAAUUCUAACAAGAUCAUUCAAAGCAAUUGUUGAUUUUUUCUCUUCAAAUCUGAAUAUAGGAAAUUGUAUUUGUUCCCAUCCCAACUCCCAAAAUCAGAAUUAAAUUAAGGAUUUAUCGACUCAAAUAAACAAGAAUUAAUGGCAAAAUACAGAGAAAAUUCCCCAAGAAAAUUGUACCCCGUUCUUCGUAAGCCUGACUAGAGAAGUCAUCUCUCUUGAAAUUGGGAAUAGAAU